GUGUCCGCAUAGAAAUCCGACUUCUAAUCGUCUCCCUUCGUUCUCAAUCCGAGCUCUCCGGUAACGCAAUCGCAUCGAAGACGAGAAAUACCGAGGGUUUCACUCUCACGCGUGCCUCGCUUCAGUUGGAAUAGCCGAGAGUAUUGUGAGAACUCUCGUUUUCUCUGAUUGAUUCUCUUGGAAACGAACAAUCAUGGACAUGCCUUUAGGCGUUUUGGCUUUGCGUGUGCAUGUAUGCGGAGGUUAGUUGAGUGUUUACAUAUUGGUAGUUGUAAAAUGAGAAGGCCAGGGCAUUAUGGGGAUGCUGGUGUGAAUCCUAUGAUGGCUGCACAGAUGCAACAUAUGUCAGCUCAAAGAAUGCAGUAUAACUCGGGUGUGGGAAAUUUUGCGGGACAUGCCGGUGAAGAACAUCAAUAUAUGCCUUCAAAAGCUGAGAGGCAGUGGCAAUGGGAAGUGGAUGGUUCUAAAGGAGCGAAGUCCAUGUCGCCUGAUAUGUACAAGUCAGGUCAAGUAAGCGAUGCUUCUCGAUCGGCGUAUCAAGGUCAAAGACCAGACUCCAAAGUUGGAUUGGAGAAACAAAUGGCUAGAGAUCCAAGAGAAAAUAAAGAAGUUGGCUAUGAGGACAGCAAUCAUCCCCAGACAUUUGAGGGCCUGGAAGAGAAAUUCCUUGAGGACAUCAUGAAAUUAACCAAAGAACAACAGGAAGCUGAAGACAAGGAAAAUGCCAGACACAGAGAUAGACUGAGUGAGAUUAAUAAGCAAUAUCAAGAAAAACUGGCGACGAUUCGGGCUCGGCAGGCUACUCUCAGAGACGAGUAUCUCCGCAAGGAAUCGCAGGUUCGUCAUAAGCAGUAUCAGCAGGCUAACAUAAGCAACUAUCAUCCCAAUGAGGCUUAUGCCUAUGGCUCUGUCGCUACUCCUGCUGCUGGUCAUGGAGAUCCGCAUCAGGCUUAUGGCCGAGGUAACUUCGACGCUUAUGGAGAACGGACUGAGUUCGGCGGGGGUGGUCGGAGCCGUGAGUUUGAUUCUCGAGGGCAGUAUCCUGGCGGCCGAUCUUAUAGUUCCGGCGGCGGACGGUAUUAUUGAGAAAGUUUUGUGGAGCUUAGAACAGUGAGAUCUUCUUUUCUUCCUCAUAUGAACUUCAUGAAAGCUAUAUAUAUAUAUUGAAGCAGUGGUAAUUAGCAGCCGUGGUUUCUCAAAUGUCGAACACAGUUCUCUGUGUAGUUCUAUUGUGAUGUUUUACUGAAGAUAAUGUUUUUAAAGAUUUACAGAAGCUUUUUGGAA